UUCAUGCAAGUCUGUUCACAUGUUUAGGUGGCGUCACAUGACUUAUUCAAAACGGGAAGGACUUUAGGCGUGGGUCCAAAGGUUACUUUCUGUUUCAGCUUUGUUCAAGUGUAUAAAAAUGCACUGUGUGUUUACACUGUCACGCCAUAACGUUUCUUCCACUAGACCGAAUCAUGGAGGAGAGCUUUCCUUUUCAUUACUCUUUAUGGGAAUACCUGUUUUCUUGGGUGGGAUUGUUAUUUUUCCUGCUGGAUAUAGUAAUGGACAUCUUGACUGUUGUGUCGCUUUAUCAGGAGGAGAAUUAUGUGUCUAUGGGGCUGAUGAUCUUUUUUCUACUGGGCUCCUCAGUGUUAUUACAGGUAUUCAGUUGGAUCUGGUACUCUGAUUCUCUGGAUGAGCUUGAAACUGAGGUGGAGAAAUUUGCAAAGGAAAAAAAAUUGAUGAAACCAUUCCACUUUCUGCAGCUUGGGGUCUACCUCAGGUAUACUGGGCUGAUGGAGAUCUCUACAACGCAUUUUUUUCGUCAGACUAAUACUUUCACCGAGGGUGUAACUGUGUACCUCAGCCAUGAUCUUCAGAUGCUUCGUCUAUUUGAGGCGUUUGCUGAAAGUGCUCCACAGCUCAUACUCAUGAUGACUUUAAUUCUACAAAGAGGAGAGUUGGAGAUUUUAACAGGUUUAAAACUCCUCUCAUCAGUGGCCUCAAUUGCCAGUACCGUUGCCAUGUAUCACCGCAGCAUGCGUGCUUUUCUUGAAGACAAACGCAAGAUGAGCUGGACCUCGACUGCUUUCUACUUCCUGUGGAACUUUCUGCUGAUGAUUCCCCGUGUGGCCGCUCUGGCUCUCUUCUGCAGUGUAUUCCCGUGCUACAUCGUUGCUCAUUUUCUAUCUUUGUGGAUGGUGCUGGUUUUGGUGGCCUGGAGCCAGAAAACAGAUCUAAUGAAAAGUCAUUGGGAAUGGCUUUACAGAGCUACUGUUGGACUCAUCUGGUAUUUCAGCUGGUUUAACGUGUCGGAAGGAAGUAUCAAAUUAAAGAGUGUCGUUUAUUAUAGUCUCAUGGGUUUGGACACGAUUAUGCUGCUGGGUUUCUGGUGCUGGAAAGUGGUUGAGUGUGCAGACGGUUGGAUUAUGUUAAAUCCUUAUAUAGUGGUUCCAACACUACUGGGUUUGUAUGUAAUUGGAAUUGUAGUGGAAAUAAUAUACUACAAAUGGUUUCAUCCUAACUGUGACAAAAAGAAAAUAUCUGAACCCAGUAAACAAACACCAAUACUUGUCAAAGCAGACUCAGCACGCUAUCGCAGUACGACAGACUUUGCAGUCUUUGAAGAGUUGCCUGCAAUUCCAGACGAAGGUCCUGCUCAACCUGUCACUGGAGCUGUCAAGAGAAGCAGGACUUUAGCUGCUAAUUUCUUCUAGUUAAACAUUUUUAUUCCCCUUCACACAUCUUUCCAACAUCCCUCAUCCUUUUCCCAAAUCUAUAAUAAUUUAUUACACAGAAAAUACCUUUAUUUAUUAUUAUUUUUUUUACAAAAACAUUUUGCUAAAAAGUAUUUUAGAUUAUUUAAACAUGAUGGUCCCACCUUUUUGUGUCUUUAAAUACCAUGUACUUGCAUUAAAAGAGAUGAACUAUUAGAUAGAGGGUACUUAUGUUGUUUUGCAAAACUUUUUGCUGUUGUUGUUUAGAUAUGAUAUGGGGUCUGUUUCGGCGAUGCAGUGGAACAGUAGGUAGUGCUGUCACCUCACAGCAAGAAAGUCGCUGGUUCGAGCCUCGGCUGGGUCAGUUGGCGUUUCUGUGUGGAGUUUGCAUGUUCUCCCUGCGUUCGGUGGGGUUUCCUUCGGGUGCUCCGGUUUCCCCCACAGUCCAAAGACAUGCGGUACAGGUGAACUGGGUAGGCCAAAUUGUCCAUAGUAUAUGUGUGUAUGUAAUUCCCAGUGAUGGGUUGCAGCUGGAAGGGCAUCCGCUGCAUAAAACAAAUGCUGGAUAAGGUGGCGGUUCAUUCCGCUGUGGUGACCCCAGAUUAAUAAAGGGACUAAGCCAAAAAGAAAAUGAAUGAAUGAAUAGGGCCCGUUUCAGAAAGGAGGUUAAGUGAAACCCUGAAAUGAGAGAAACUCUGGAUUUUCCGUUUCAAAAUGGCAGGUUUGUUAAACUUGAGAAAGCAGGGUAAGUUAAGCCUGUUUCUGAAAGAGAGGUAACUUUAACUCAGAGUCAGUUACCGUAGUAACUUUGUGAACCUAACCUGGUCAGGAGCAGGUUUUAUUCUCUAAACUCAGAGUUUCUGUCGAUCUCCUCCCCUUUUUUAAAGACGAAGUGGCAUUUCUCGCCUUAGCCUUAUGCUUCCAUCCAUCUAUUUUAAGUGAAGUUUCACAAACUAAUUUCGAGAGGAGCACAUGAUAUGAUUGACUGCAGCUGGCCACCCAUCUACAUUCAUUAGUUAGCCAAUCAGAUUAAUCCCAACUCACUAUAAGUAGCCUAGCUAGAACUACUCUCUUAUCUUUGUUUCCCGAAGAAACCCCCCAUCCACCCCUUCUCCUCCUUUCCUCCUUUACCACGGGGAGCUCUCGAGAACCACCUGAUAUUGUACUCCCCUCACAUGCUCUAUGGACCAGGCGGGAGCCCUGGGCUCAACUAUCUCCGAGCUCAGGGUUCUCUCCUGGGACAGCAUGCCAAACCUGCUAACAGUUGUCAAACAAUAUCUAAGUGUGAACUCUUGAAUGCUCCUUUUGGAGAUGCGCAUAAAAAUGAUUGAUGGAAAGUCAUGAUGCACGUAACUUUUGAAAAUAGGCAUAAAACCCAAUGCGCAUAACUGAGUAGGAUAAACAUUUAUUCAAUAGAAAAGAUGUGCAUUAUCUACGAUGUAAACACUUUUACUGAACAAAUUACAGUAUGUGCAUUAAAAAAAAGGUUUGUUAUAAGAGACGGUGAUGAAAAUAUGUGUGAAUGGACAAACCAGCAGGCCGAGCAUACUGUAACACAUCUGAAAUGUUGUUUUGGUCAUUCAUUCUAAAACGCCUUAACCAUUUCAGUAUUAAUGUAUAUUAUAUUAUUAAUGACCUCUAGAGCGUCUGGAGCUUGUCAAGAGCGUCUUUUCUCCGCAUCUCAUGGCUUCAAACACCCCCACGCAUUCAUUGUGUGUCAGCAUUGUCUUCUGAGGCGCAAGAACAGGUUAUUCGGGCUAAAAUUGGGUUACACGUAGCCGGGCUAGAUCUGGUCUAUACUUCACCUAGCCGGUGAAAUGACGGCUAUUGCUUGCUGGGAUCUGUGCUCCAUUGAUAAUGCCUUUUUAUAGUCACGGUGUGCGCGCUUAACUCUGAGUUGGUCUACUCAAAGUUGAUUGACCUGACUCAGAUCCGCUAUUCUGAAACUGAAAACUUUUUAAUCUCUGUAAAUCAACUCGGAGUUCAAGUUUAAACUCCGAGUUGGUUGAACCUCCUUACUGAAACAGGUCCAUGGUUAGUGUUAGGAACAGAUUUGGAGAAUUAUGUGUAUUUGCGUCAGCAGUAGUUACAGAUGUAUUCCAGAUCUUGAGCCAAGUGUGCCAUUGUCAAAACCUCAAACACAAUAAACAUUUUACAUACAAAUCCA